CAAAGCGGUACACGGUUGUGGUAGAGGGAACAGGCGUUGUUGAAAGGGAGAGGAAGCUGAAACGGCAGUUGGUACGCAAGCUAUUGCUUUUUAACGUUGCUUGCAUCCAUUGCUAUUUCCUAAUGGCAACGGAGGAUAAAAGGACAUCUGUGCCGCAGGCUGAAUCAGAAGUCGGUUCGUUACCGACACCUCAUGGCUACAAUAACAAUAAUAACAACAACAACAAUAAUAACAAAGAUAGCGAGGGAAGCGAGAAUACGACCACGGCCACUUCGAGCGCUACCGCAUCGAGCGGGACAGGAACUCAUAGCAUCGGGAACGGCUCUGGAGUCAACCCUACAGUGGGAAAUAACGGGAAAUGGGUCCGGUUGAACGUCGGCGGCACAGUAUUCCUCACAACGCGACAUACCCUACUCAAAGAACAAACGUCCUUUCUCUAUCGGCUCUGUCAACACCAGGACUUACAUUCGGACACGGACGAGACAGGGGCCUAUGUGAUAGACAGAGACCCCACCUACUUCGGCCCCAUCCUUAACUACCUGCGACACGGCAAACUGGUCUACAACAAGGAGCUGGCUGAAGAAGGUGUGUUGGAGGAGGCUGAGUUCUACAACAUCACUCCUCUGAUAAAACUGAUCAAGGAGAGGAUCCUGGAGCGGGACUGUAAAGUCACACAGCAGGUGCCUCCUAAACAUGUGUACCGGGUGCUGCAGUGCCAGGAGGAGGAACUGACCCAGAUGGUUUCCACCAUGUCAGACGGCUGGAAGUUUGAGCAGGUCAGCGUGCGCACCUGCAGAAAGCCCCGCACCGGACUGCUCUGGACUAUGGUAAACAUUGGUUCGUCGUAUAGCUAUGGGACAGAGGACCAGGCAGAGUUUCUGUGUGUGGUGUCCAAGGAGCUACACACACCUGGCUCAGGCCUGGGCACCGAACAGAGCCACAAGACCAAGGCUUCAGAGGUGCAGCAGCAGAAAGGAGCGCAUGAUGAGGUGGAGGGAAGAGAGAGAAAUACCACCCCGAAUGAGUGGAUAAGGGAAUGACAGUCUUGUGUCAGUUUUCCAAAGACGUGAAUGGCUUUUUCAGAUCCAUGGAACCCGGAUGUACUAGAGAGAAUUGUACUGUUUUAGCUUGACAUUUCAUUUUGUGUGUGUUGACAUAUGUUUUAUCAUUGUUGUUGCUUCUGGAGAAAAAAACCCAGAAGUGCUCAAACAUUAUUUUCAAAGAUUAUCGAAGUGUCCCGCUCACCAGCAGCAAAACACCAACAUUUCAGAGAUUAUCGAAGUGUCCCGCUCACCAGCAGCAAAACACCAACAUUUCAAAGUGUGUAGAGAUAUGUAAAAAAAAAAAAAAAAAAAUGUUUUAUUUAUUUAUUAUCAUCUAUAAUUUUUUAAAUGUAUUUUAGUUCCAAUCACUUAAGCCAUGGAAGUUAGUGAAUCUUAGUAAAAUAGAUUUGACCAAAGACAAUGAUUAAAAGCACUGCAAAUCAAUGUGCUCAUCCAAAUGUGAAAAAUGGUAUGAAAUAUGUGGAAUCUGACUCAUAAGUAAAUUGUUGUUGUUUACAGUAGUUCUGACUUGUCUGAUGCUUGAUACAGUAGUGAGACCUGGGCCUGAGCCAGUGAUGUGGCAAUGUCCUGUCUCUGAUACUGCUCUGCUGCAGUAGAGAUUGACAGUGAGACUCACACAGAAAGACAGACAGAUGUCAACUAACUGGCCACAGUCAGCACCACAAAAAAACUCUUCCCCCUUACACACACUCCCUUACGCUCUCUCACAGACACGCGCACGCACACAGUCUUGUAUAAUUAACUUUGUUUGGACACACAAUUCAGUCCCAUUCAAAAUCCUAUUUUUCCUAACCUUAAGUAUAGUUAAACACGUCCACACACACACACAUCUUUCACUCACUCACUCACUCACUCACUCACUCACUCACUCACUCACUCACUCACUCACUCACUCACUCACUCACACACACAUACCCAUAGUAGUGCUUCCUGUCGGGACAUGUGUGUUCCCUGAGGCAUGUGCAUGCUCAGCAGAGCAGAGCUCUCAGCCUGUCGCCCUGGCCUGGCUCCAGUGUGACUCUAGGCACUGGCAGGAUAAAGAAGAGAAAGGUGCUGAAAGAGGUCUGUGUCUGAAGUGGCACCUUAUUCCCUACAUAGUGCACUACUCUGGUCAAGAGUACUGCACUAUAUAUGGAAUAGGGUGCCAUUUUGGAUGCAUCCCUGUUCUCUGCUCAUGUUGUAAUGACAGGCCCUUGCACCUCGAGGCCAGGAUGUUGUCAUUACACUUUUAGCUAGGACUAUGGCACAAAUAUUGUUAAAGAAUUUCAUUUUUUUGUAUGUAUUUCACUGUAAAUGAGUAGAAAGGAGAUAAGAUAAGACCUUGUCAAAGGCAUCAUGCACUUAGAACAGAAAAUUGUUGCAACUGAAUUAUUAGAAGGUUUUGUCACUGGCCAUUAUCACCUCCGAGCCCCUGCAGCCCAAUAUUGUCACUGUCAGUAGAGGCAGCCUGUCUCUGCAACCUUCAAAUACUGCAAAUAUACUCAUUCUAGUCUCUGCUUGUCAACAUACCCACAGAUCACCAUUUGAGUUGAUUUCAGUUAAAAGCUUUCAUGGAGGCAAUAUUGCGUUUUUGUGCAUGUGCAUUGUGAAUAUAACGUUUGGCUUUGGUCAUCAAAAAAAGAGCAUAGCAUAUGGAUUAAGAUCACUUAAUUGGUAAAUUGCACAUAAGGUCCAACCAAAAUUUGACAUCUGCUUUUAACCCAACUCAUCCAAAGCAUACAUAUCCAGGUUUUUUUAGAGCAGUGUGUGGGCACUUCCAAACUGUGUGCUGUUGUUGUGGUGGGUUAAGUGCCUUGCUCAAAGGCAGGCAGUGGCAUCUAGGAUUUGAUACCAGCAACCCUCAUGUUGCCAGCUCACUUCGCACAAGAUGUUUACCGUCAGACACACUUCAAGUUGCUGGCUCGCCUCCCUAACUGCUAGGCUACCUCUCUAACCGCGAGGCUUGGGUGCCUUGAUUUCAAGCAAAAACAACACAAUAUAGGCAUGUACAAAGUCUCUGGGAAAAUUAGUUUGAGUCAGUCAAUGGACUGCAAAAUUACUAUACUACAUUUCUUUUGUACAUGUGUUUUGGUUAUUUAUUUUCAUGACAUGUUAAUUGCAUGUUUUUUUCAGAAUCAUGAUUACUGCUGUAAAAUAUUUUUUACAACCAAGCUUAUCUUGUAUUUCUCCUGUUUUUAAGUGUCAUUGUUUAAAACAAUGUAUUCUAUGUCUAGCCAUGUGCCAGGCAUUGACCUCAUGUUUUGGUGGUUUUGCAUCAGAAGAUGUCCCCCUUCUAGUUUGUAGCCUUAGCUCAAACUGUUUGUACUUUUCCAAGACAUCAGAACUUGAGCUGAAAAUCUGGUAUUCCUCAGCAUGUUUAAAAAAAAAAAAGUUCUACUCAUCCAUGAGCAUGACAGAUUUGAUCUAUUUAUAUAUAUAUAUAUACGUGUAUGUAUACAGUACCAGUCAAAAGUUUGGACACCUACUCAUUCAAGGGUUUUUCUUUAUUUUUACUGUUUUCAACAUUGUGGAAUAAUAGUGAAGACAUCAAAACUAUGAAAUAACAUAUAUAUGGAAUCAUGUAGUAACCAAAAAAGUGUUAAACAAAUCAAAAUAUAUUUUAUAUUUCAGAUUCUUCAAAGUAGCCACCCUUUGCGUUGAUGACAGCUUUGCACACUCUUGGCAUUCUCUCAAUCAGCUUUUCCAACAGUCUUGAAGGAGUUCACUCUGCAAUCCAACUCAUCCCAAACCAUCUCAAUUGGGUUGAGGUUUGGGUGAUUGUGGAGGCCAGGUCAUCUGAUGCAGCACUCCAUCACUCUCCUUCUUCGUCAAAUAGUCCUUACACAGCCUGGAGGUGUGUUGGGUUAUUGUCCUGUUGAAAAACAAAUGAUAGUCCCAUUAAGCUCAAACCAGAUGGGAUGGUGUAUCUUCUGCAGAAUGCUGUGGUAGCCAUGCUGGUUAAUAACCUCUUGGAACUACCCAUCCCGAAUCUGGGAGAAUUGUCAUCAACUACACUAAUUAGCUUAGCGCAACGGUCAAAAAAUAUUACUAGAAAAUAUUCAUAUUCAUGAAAUCACAAGUGAAAUAUAGCGAAACACAGCUUAGCCUUUUGUUAAUCACCCUGUCAUCUCAGAUUUUGAAAUUAUGCUUUACAGCCAAAGCAAGACAAGCGUUUGUGUAAGUUUAUCGAUAGCCUAGCAUAGCAUUAUGUCCAGCUAGCAGCAGGAAGCUUGGUCACGAAAAUCAGAAAAGCAAUCAAAUGAAUCGUUUACCUUUGAUGAUCUUCAGAUGUUUUCACUCACGAGACUCCCAGUUAGACAGCAAAUGUUUCUUUUUUUCCAUAAAGAUGAUUUUAUACCCAAAAUACCUCCGUUUGUUGGUCACGUUAUGUUGAGAAAUCCACUGGAAAUAGCGGUAACGACAACGACAAAAAAAAGAAAAUCCAAAUUAUAUCCAUAAUAUCGACAGAAACAUGGCAAACGUUUUUUCUUAUCAAUCAAUCUUCUUAUUGGUGUUCUUUCUUUCCAGAAAUUCCACCAUCAAGGCCUGAUUCACACAGUCUCUGAACAGUUGAUGUUGAGAUGUGUCUGUUACUUGAACUCUGUGAUGCAUUUAUUUGGGCUGCAAUUUCAGAUGCUGGUAACUCUAAUGAACUUAUCGUCUACAGCAGAGGUAACUCUGGGUCUUCCUUUCCUAUGACGGUCCUCAUGAGAGCCAGUUUCAUCAUAGCGCUUAAAGGUUUUUGGGAAGUGUUCUGCAUUGACUGACCUUCAUGUCUUAAAGUAAUGAUGGACUGUCGUUUCUCUUUGCUUAUUUGAGCUGUUCUUUUACCAAAUAGGUAAUUAAAUAGGUAAUAAAUAGGUAACUAAUUCAUGAAGUUGUUUGAGAGAAUGCCAAGAGUGAGCAAAGCUGUCAUCAAGGCAAAGGGUGGCUACUUUGAAGAAUCUCGAAUAUAAAAUAUAUUUUGAUUUGUUUAUCAUGUUUUUGGUUACUACAUGAUUCCAUAUGUUCAUAGUUAUAAUGUCUUCACUAUUAUUCUACAAUGUAGAACAUAGUAUAAAUAAAGAUAAACCCUUGAAUGAGUAAGUUAGAUUUGUCCCAACUUUUGUCUGGUACUGUAUAUGGGUUUCACUGUAGUUAAUCUCAUUAACUUGUUCCCGGACAAUAGAUCAGAAGGGAUUUUUUUUAUUAGGCAUCUAAUGCUGUUACAAUAGCCAGGGUUGAUUUGCUUUACAAUACAUUAUCUUUAUACAGAUGUUUUUUAUGGGUAUAACUGUAAUAGCAGUCAUGCUAUAUUCUUUAUUUUUUAUUUUUAAGAAUCUAAACAAUGUAAAUAUGUGUUAGACAAUUGUGCAUAGUCAUUUAUAAAUCACUAUAGAAAAUCAUUGAGAGUGAGAACUUCCUUCCUACCCCCUUUAACUAAAGCUUCAAUAUACACAGAUACACCCCCAUAACUUCUCAGACAUCAGUGACAUGGGAAUUGUAAUGCCUCAAUAUACUGUAACAGGCUCAAUGAAACAUGCUGUACAGGAAUGAUUCCUACAACUGUCAAAUAUAAUCACAUAAAUAAAUACAGUUUCAAUGUCA